CCUCUCUUUAUUUAACAAUCGCUUUACAUGUCAAAAUUCCCCCACCGACAAGACAUCCGACCAUGAUUUCCGUUGCCCAAUUGAGCGACGGCGAAAAGCCCAAACUCUCCUCAUCUCCGCCGCCACGUGUUUUCCGAUCGAAAUUGCCGGAUAUUACAAUCCCCGACCAUCUCCCUCUUCACGAUUAUUGCUUUGAGAAAAUCUCUGAAUUUUCCGACCGCCCAUGUUUGAUCGUCGGCGCCACCGGAAAAUCCUAUUCCUUCUCCGACACCCACUUGUUCUCCAAGAGGGCCGCCGCCACUUUCUCUAAACUUGGCGUUAAAAAAGGGGAUUUUAUUAUGAUUCUUCUCAAGAACUCUGCUGAAUUUGUUUUUUCCUUUAUGGGUUCGUCGAUGAUUGGCAGUGUCGCCACCACUGCUAAUCCGUACUACACGGCGGCGGAGAUUUCCAAGCAAUUGAAGAUGUCGGGUGCUAAAUUGGUGGUUACUUACUCGCAUUGUGUUGACAAGCUCCGGGAAUCUGAUGUGGAUCUCACCAUUGUUACCGUCGAUGAUCCACCGGAGAAUUGUUUGAGCUUCUCGAUGGUUUACGAUGCCGAUGAAAAUGAUGUCCCGUUCGUGGAGAUUGACUGGAAUGACGCUGUUUCGUUGCCGUUCUCCUCUGGCACGACGGGGACUCCGAAGGGUGUGGUUUUGACCCAUAAGAGUAUGGUGUCGAGUAUAGCUCAACAGGUAGAUGGAGAGAAUCCGAACAUAUACUUGGGAACGAACGACGUGGUUUUAUGUGUGCUUCCGAUGUUCCACAUAUUCUCAUUGAGUAGCAUAGUUUUGAUUUCGAUUCGAUCGGGAGCAACAAUAUUAUUGAUAGAGAAGUUCGAGAUUGAGACGUCAAUGAGCCUGAUAGAGAGGCAUGGGGUGACGGUGGCAACCGUGGUGCCGCCGAUGGUGUUGAUGAUGGUGAAGAAUCCAAAGGUGGCGGAUUUCAACCUAAGCUCGAUCAGAAUGGUGAUUUCAGGGGCGGCGCCGCUAGGAAAGCAGAUAGAGGAGGCCCUCAUGGAAAGGAUCCCUCAAGCAGUUAUUGGUCAAGGUUAUGGGAUGACGGAAGCAGGUCCGGUAUUGAGUAUGUGCACGGCUUUUGCGAAAGAGCCUCCGAUGCCAACAAAAAUAGGGUCGUGUGGGAGAGUUGUGAGAAACUCAGAGCUCAAAAUCAUUGACCCAAAGACCGGUGUCUCCCUUACCUAUAAUCAACCCGGAGAGAUCUGUAUUCGCGGCCCACAAAUUAUGAAAGGAUAUUUGAACGACCCAGUGGCCACGUCAUUGACAGUCGACGUGGAGGGGUGGCUUCACACGGGUGACAUUGGAUACAUUGACGAAGAAGAAGAAAUAUUUAUUGUUGACCGGAUCAAGGAGAUUAUCAAAUAUAAGGGUUUCCAGGUAGCACCGGUCGAGUUAGAAUCUCUUCUUCUAACUCAUCCAUCUAUUAUGGAGGUCGCUGUCGUUGCGGAAAAUGAUGAAAUUGCUGGGGAAGUUCCAGUGGCCUUCGUAGUUUGUUCAGCUGGUAAUCAACUUACCCAGGAAGAAGUAAAAGAAUUCAUUGCAAAGCAGGUUGUGUUCUACAAGAGAUUGCACCGAGUUUAUUUUGUACCCACGAUUCCAAAAUUGCCCUCUGGAAAGAUCUUGAAAAAAGAUCUCAAAGCCAAGCUCUCGAACUCACCUAAAGCUACAAAAAUGAAAGAGAUAGGGAGAGAUUAAGUAACAUGGUCGGAUCGUGUUGUAGAAAAUAAAAAGGAAUGUAAGGUAACAUUUUUAUUUUAUAUUUCAAU